GCAAUAUAGAAAAAAGUGGCGUAGUUGGUCUAUUGGAUUUUAUGAUCUGUCAAGAAACUGUGCAAGAAAAAAAAAAAGUACAGAACAAGCAAGAACAAGUCAGAACAAGUAACAACUUUGAACAACUUGGACCAGCCAACUUGGAUUUAACAAUUUAAAAAAAUUUAAAAACAAUAAAACAAACAAAUUAGGUGAGGUCUUGCAUUCUACAAUAAUUAAAAAAAAAAAAUUAAUUAAACUUAUACUGGCAAUGCCAAAAUUGCCACAACCCUCAAUUUCUGGAGUAAAAAAAUUAAUAAAACGAGUCAAGAUGAGUCAACCCAAGAAGAGUAAAGAAAAUUCAAACAAAGACAUCCAGGAUUUGGAUAUAACAAGCGAGGCAAAAACUUACCUUGAUAAAAUUCUCGGUGAUGUUAGCAAAAAAUCAGCUACAAAACAAAUUCUCAUUGGCACCACAUCAGGAUGGGUAACUGGAUUUUUGGCAAUGAAAGUUGGAAAAGUCGUUGCAUUUUCAGUUGGUGGUGGAAUAAUAAUGCUUCAAAUUGCUGCCAAUCAAGGUUACAUCAAAGUUAAUUGGGAUAAAAUACAGAAAAAUGCUGAAAAAUUAUCAGACAAAGUUGAAGAAAAAAUCACUGGUGAAGGACCAAAUCUCAUGGACAAGGUUGAUAGAUUCGUAGACAAGAAAUUGGACAAAGCUGAAAAAUUAUUAAAAAAUGGUGAAUCAAAAGCACGUCGUUGGUAUCAUGGAAUAAAUGGUUCAAAUGUAUUUAGACCAAAUGAAGUACAUUUUUUCUUAGGAUCAUUCGUCGCAGGUGUUGCGAUUGGUUUGGCGACUGCCAAGUAGGUAAUGGAUUGCUGCACCUUGAGUAUCAAUAAAAGAUCCAGUGUGCAGUAUACUCCCGUUGAUAAAAUUGUCAUUAAAAGAAAUGACAUUGAUAAUAUUGAUGAUAUAUUGGAAGAGAUGAGAAAUAAGUUUGAUCAUCUUAGACAAUGGCUUACUCAUUAUAUGCAAUUGUAUAUGUAAAAUGAUAAAUCAAUAUUUAAAAAAAAAAAAAAAUCAUCAAGGGAAAAACACUGGUGACAUUAUUGAGCCAUCAUUGAUUUAUAUAAUUUUUUUUUUCUUCAAAUUAUCAAACAAUGAUGGUAAUCCAAACACAAGAUGCAGCAAACGAUAAAUAAUUUUCAAUAGAUGUAACACAUGUUCAGCAUUAUCUAAUUAUCAAAUUACUCAUUAUUAGUAUUAAUUGACAGUGUUAUAAUUAUCGCACACUCAUCAAUCAAUACACACACAUGAACACUUAAAUACCAAUUAAAUAUGAAAGUAUCAUUAUUUCUUUAAGCUACGUCAUUUUUUUUUUUUUUUCUUGUAAUAUGACCUAGUCAAAGAAAUUUCUCCUAAUCAAUUUAAUUUAUUUUCAUUUUUUUCUUUUUAUAAACUUUUUUUUUUAUGUUAUACUUAAUUUUUUUUUUUUUUGAUUAUUUUUAUUUUUUGAAAUAACUAUCAAGUUAUUAUUUUUUUUUUUUUUUCUAUUUAUUGUGAUAAAUUUAGUUCAAUUGAAAUUUUAUCAUCAAUCACUUAGUAUUUAUAAUGAAAAUAAUAAUAAUUUAUGUAUUUAUUGGAAUUAUUAAUGUAGAAUUAAUCAAUUGUUGAUUAGUAUUUUAAUAGUCAUAUAAAUACAUACUUGGAGAUAAAAAAAUAAAAAAAAAAAAAAGCGAAAUAUUGGUGUGUAAAAAAAGUAUAAAAAUAUGUAAUCAAUGUAAGAAUAAAUAAAAUUGUAUAAGAAAAAAU